AUGGACAAUAUUGGUUGUUCAAAAGGCAAGAAGAUUGAGGCGAAAUGGACUCCACAAACGAAGGCUCAGUUCAUACAAUUGAUGCUGGAAGAAGUGCUCAAUCAAAUUUGCGUCGAAGGAAACUUUAGUACGGCUCAGUGGAACUCCAUUGCGAGCAAACUAAAUGAGCUCUGUUCCCCCGUCCCACCUUAUGAAUUGAAGCAACUUCAUGGUGAGCAGGCUCGCUUGAAGGCAUAUUGGCGUCGUUUCCAUACAAUGCGGACAAGUGCAACAGGUUUUGGUUGGUGUCCAAACCAAAAUAUGAUCACGAGAGGAGACGAGGCUUGGAAGAUAUGGACUCAGAGACACCCAGAUGAUGAAAAUGUGAAGAACAGAAAAUGUCCUCACUACGACGAACUUACCACCAUUUUCAUCGGGACAACCGCUGCUGGUAGUCUGGCUACAGCUUCCACUCAACCGCCACAGGGGAGAACACGGGUGAGGAGGAGUCCAGCUUUCAUCCUGGAAAAUGAGAUGUUGUCUGAGAGUGGUGAAGGGUACACUCCGGAUAGCAGCCAUUCAACUCGCCGUCGUAGAGCUCCAUCGCAGUCCAUUGACACCGUCAUGAAUUCCUUUGCUGAGACACGGAUGGCUAUUCAACAAGCUGCACAAACGAUGACUGAAAGAGCGGUUGUCGAGCUUGAAGCUUAUACAGAUUUGUCGGUCGAUGUUGUCAUGCUUGUACUUAUAAAGUUUGAAGUCCCUUUCAACCUCAGAAUGUUCGUUUCCCUAAAAGUCGAAGCACAUCGUAGAGCUUUAAUUGCCCGUUGGGUUGACGAGAGUUCGCAAUAG